CUCACUCUCUCAUUGAAAUGACGCCCGAGCGCCAGCCGCUCCUCGACCGCUCGGAGCGCGAUGUGCCCACUCACGAACCCGCGCUCGAGCGCAACUUCUCCUUCCUCGCCGCCCUCGGCCUCGCCUUCACCCUCCUGAACACAUGGACGGCGAUGGCCGCUGCUCUACCCGUGGGCCUGCAAUCCGGCGGCCCCGUAGUCAUGCUGUACGGCCUGAUCCUCUCGGUAGUCGGGCAGACGUUUGUGGCCGUCUCCCUCGCCGAGAUCUGCCACGUCCUCCCCAUGUCCGGCGGACAGUACGACUGGACCUACCUUCUCGCGCCAGAGAAAUGGAGACGACCCCUAAGCUGGGUUGUGGGAUGGCUUGCGUGCGCCGGCUGGGUCACGCUCUUCGCGGCCGCCGCAGCCCUCACCGAGAACCUCUUCAUGGGCGUCCUCGUCCUCUGGUCGGACACGCUGCCCGCGCGAUGGCACGAGUUCGCGCUCAUCAUCUCGUUCGUCAUGGCCAGCUUCGUGCUGAAUGCGUUCGCGGUGCGCGCCCUCCCCGCCCUCGACUGGUUCUCGGGCGUGUGGAGCGUCGCGGGCAUGACGCUCAUCAUGGUCGUCCUCCUCUUCUGCUCGCGCGGAGAGUACCAGCCUCCCAAGACGGUGUUUACGACGUUCACUAACAACACUGGCUGGCCUAACGCCCUCGCAUUCCUCCUCGGCAUGUUGCAAAGCACGCUUACCACGUCCUCUUUCGACGCGGUGACUCACCUCGUAGAGGAAAUGCCGCAGCCGGCGCGCAACGCUCCCAUGAUCAUGGUUCUCGCGCCCAUUACAGGCGGCAUUACCGCGUGGCCAUUCAUGCUCGUCCUCCUCUUCUGCCUCAAGAGCUGGGACGGCGUGUUGGCCUCAGCAAUCGGUCCGGUGCUCGAGAUCUACCGCCAGUCGACUGAGAGCCGCGUCGGAGCCACGGCUCUCAUGCUCAUUAACGUCGUCGCCAUGUUCUUCUGCACGCAGAGCGUGCUCACCAUCUCGUCCCGCAUGGUCAUGUCCUUCGCGCGCGACCGCGGCUUGGCCCAGGCAUCACGCUUCAUCUCCCCCAUCAGUGCCCGCCUUAACGUGCCCUUCAACAGCCUUGUCUUUGUCACCGCCUGGGUGAUCAUGUUCGCCUUGAUCUACCUCGGCUCUACCGUCGCCCUCAACGCCAUCAUGAGCUCGGCCAUCUUCUUCCUGCAGCUCUCGUACGCCGUGCCCCUCCUCCUCCUCCUGUUCCGCCGCGACGCGCUCGCCGCCCACCGCCCAGAACGGGGGUGGAGCCUCGGCCGCUGGCGCCGCCCUAUCAACGUUCUCGCGCUCCUCUUCCUUGCUGUCACCAGCACCGUCUUCCUCUUCCCGCCGUUCCGGCCAGUCACGGCCGAGAACAUGAACUAUGCUGUCGUCGUGUUCAUUAUCGUGCUCGUUAUGUGCGGCGUCGCGUGGAUCGUCGAUGGCCGCGAGCACUUCCAGGGCCCGACCGAGGUCGAGGAGCGCCUUAAGGCUGCUCAGGCGGCUUAGCAAAGUGUAUCGCUAGUUUCGAUAUGUACGGUUCCGUCGCGUGGACCGUGGAACUUGAGAUUCACACAAGCGAGUCCUGAUUCACAGGCCACCACCGCCCCUUUAGGACUCUUGAGCUCUAACCCCUAUCCAUCGGGCAGAGAUCCAAGCCUAUGCAUCGGGCAGAGAUAUGAGAAGCUAUCGGCC